CCCACACGCACCCCGGGCUGCUCAGGGGGGGAGCGGGUGGGCUCGGGAUCAUGGGGCUGCCUCCUCUGCCAGCCCCUGGGGAGCCUUGCCCAUUGGCUCAGGAGGAAGUCAUUGAGAUCAACCGGGCAGAUCCCCGCCCCAAUGGGGACCCUGCUGCAGCUGCGCUUGCCCAUGAGGACUGCCCAGCCAUCGACCAGCCCGCCAUGUCCCCGGAAGACAAGAGCCCCAUCACCCCUGGGAGCCGAGGCCGCUAUAGCCGGGACCGAGCCUGCUUCCUCCUCACCGACUAUGCCCCUUCCCCUGAUGGCUCCAUCCGGAAAGGUUACGAGAAAUCCCGCAGCCUGAGCAGCAUCGCGGGCCUGAGCGGGGUGUCCCUGCGCCUCGCGCCCCUUGCCACUCCCCCUGGCUCUCCCAGGGCCGCCCGCCGCGCUCCCCCAACCCUGCCCUCCAUCCUCUAGCGCUCCCCUCCCCCCCGUGGGGGGACUCGGGGGUGACAGGGAAGAAGGUCAAAGGAGCUGGGGGUGGGGGGUGGGGGAAAGGGUUUUUUUUUUAAAAAAUCAAAAAGUCAUUAAUAAUAUGCAACCGAGACGACGACGCCAGCAGACACCCCCGGACCCCUCACCCCCACCUGGGCCCCCAGGAUGGAGGGGGAGGAGCCGAAGUCCAGCCCCCCCAACUCUCCACCCCCUCCCCCCAAAUAAAGCCUUCUCAGGUCUCCAUGAGCCAUAGGACAUCCCGCUCCCAUAAACUCCUGUAAAUACGUCCAAAUUAUGCCAAUUACAUUUUGGGGCGCCUCCCCUAUUCUGCAUGCCUCCCUCAACCUGGACCCCCCCCCUUCAACUCCGCCUCAGCAAUAAGCCGCCAGGGGUGCAUGCCGCGCGAUUGAGGGAAGGGGCAUACUGGGAAGGGGGCGGGGACCUCAAGGGUCGGGCUGGCCUUUAGGCCACGGGAGGGUCUCCUAGCCUCCCACCCUUCGCCCCAGGAGGGCAACCCAUCACAUUGA